AUGUCAGACGGAGAUAACGACCCAGUCAGGUUCUGGAAGCAAGAGCAAAGGAGGAGGGAAGACAACCCCUAUGUCUCCAACAAGUUAUGGAAGCAGACCUGGGAGGACAUGAACUCCAUCAAGUCUGAUAAGCACCCUAAGGAACUAUACACAGAGUGUAUCAGCAACAACGCGUAUUGGAGGUUUUAUACAAGUGGAAAUAACCUCACUGUUGAUGACCUUGCCAUGGCCCUCUGCAAGAACCAAGGCUGUGACCUGAACUACUGAGGACUUAUCAAAAAGUCUAUCCCAAGUGACUGGAGAGGUAGCUCCGACUGCUCCCAUGAGUAUAAAGAGUUCCAGUCAUGAAUCGCCAGAGAAAGAAGAACCUGGCUUGGAAAUAAGCCUGAUAUGUCCAUGUACGACUACAUCCAAAUGAGGUAUGAGAAGGACAAGAAGGAAAACAAGCACAAACCUGUCUUUGAGAUGGAGCUUAAAGAAGAGGGAACAACUCAAACAGAUGAACUACAGAAAGCAAAAAGAAGCCUUGAGCAUGGUUAUAUGUAA